AUGGACGGCCGCAUCAACGCUGAAGUGGUGGCGGUCGUGAGCGACGUGCCCACGUGCGGCGGCGUACAGUACGCGCAAUCGCACGGCAUCCCCACCCUCACCUACCCCAUACCCAAAAAGGGCGGCUUCCCGGGCCUCACCACCGAGCAGCUGGUUGAGGCGCUGACUCAGCAGCUGGGCGCCGAGUACGUGCUGCUGGCGGGCUUCCUUAAAGUGCGGGUUGUAGGCGGGGGCUCAAAGCUGCAGAUGAGGAGGCCGUUAUGA